CUGUUCUCGCCUGGCCUGGGGUUUCUAUUGCUGUUGCUAUAAAGGGAGGAGCCCUUUAUAUUUGCAGCUGGUACUUUGCAGACUGUCCCUCCGUGGGUUUGUUGUGGUGCCCCGCCGGGGUGUUUGCAUAGGCUGAUGUAGUUAAUUCAGGUUCCUUGCCAGGUCCGGUUAGCUGAGGAGUGCUGCUGAUCCAGGAGGGAGGAGCAGAGAGAUGAUGUGCCUCCCUUGUGCAGCUGGUAGUUCGCAGACGGUCCCUUAGCAGGUGGGGCUGGCUUUCUGCUGCUGUUGAUGGUGAGAAGGACUGAGAUCUCAGCUGCCCUCUUGCAGCAGCUCGGGCGAACGGUUCAGUGCCUCGCUCCUGCACCCUGGCCGCACCGUGAUGGCAGUGACUGACUCCAGCCGCCAGGACUGAGUGGGGAAGGCAGCGAGGGACCUUGGUCAGGUGUUUUGCAGGGUCUGUGUGAAGGCAUAGAUGGACAACAUGUACUUGGCUGAGCCUGCGCCCGGAGGUGCCAGCCCCGUCUCCCUGGAUGUCCUCAGCUUCCUGGACCCACUGGCGAACAGCACAGAGGAGCAGUGCUUCAGCGCCCGCUCCCGGAGCACGGUCCUGCAGGGGCUGCCAUUCGGCGGUGUGCCCACCGUGCUCGCCAUCAACUUCAUCCUCUGGCUGCUCCUCCUCCUGGUCUUCUCCUGCCUUCGGAAAGCAGCUUGGGACUAUGGGCGCCUGGCCCUGCUGAUGGAUAAUGACAGCUUGACGUCGCUGUUCUACGGGGAGCAGAGUGAAAAGGAGAAAUCACCAUCGGAGACCAGCCCGCCGGAUGUCGAUAACAAAGAUGUGGGAUUCUGCUCCUGGCUCAUUUCCAUCUACCAAAUGAAGGAUGAGGAGCUCCAGAGCAAGUGUGGGAUCGACGCCACCACCUACCUCUCUUUCCAGCGCCACAUCCUGGUGCUGGUCAUGAUCGUCUGUGUGCUCUCUGUGGCUGUCAUCCUGCCUGUCAACUUCUCUGGGGAUCUCUUGGGAAGCAGUCCAGCUCAUUUUGGCCGGACGACCAUCACCAACGUCCCAACACAAGACCGUCUCCUGUGGCUGCACAGUAUCUUCGCUCUCAUCUAUUUCAUUAUCACCAUUCUCUGUAUGGCUCAUCACUCUGUCCAGCUCGAAUACAAGGAGGAUGAGAAGGUUGCCCGGACACUGAUGGUCACCCGGAUUCCCAAGGAGAUCACAGACUCCUCCCUUGUCAUCAAGCAUUUUCACGAGGCCUAUCCCAGCUGUACUGUCACCAACGUCCAGUUCUGCUUUGAUGUUCGCAAGCUGAUGAAGCUCGAUGGAGAGAGACGCAAGGCAAUGAAGGGACGACUUUACUUCACCACCAAGGCACAGAAAGAGGGGAAAAUCAUGAUCAAAACUCACCCCUGCGCCCGCAUCUUCUGCUGCCGCAGCUGCAGCUUUGAACAGGUGGAUGCUGAGCAGUACUACGGGGAGCUGGAGGAGAAACUGACUGAUGAGUUCAAUGCUGAGCGCAACCGCAUCUCACUCAAGCGUCUUGACAUGGCCUUUGUCACUUUCCAGGAUGAGAGGAUGACAGCAGUGAUUUUGAAGGAUUACAGCCGCAUCCACUGCCGCAGGCACCCACAGCAAUCCUCCGUGACCACGGUGGUAAAGUCCCACAGCUGGGGCGUUCGCUAUGCCCCAGCCCCCAGUGACAUCAUCUGGGAGAAUUUAUCUGUCCGUGGCACGUCAUGGUGGGUGCGAUUUGUCCUCCUCAAUUUCUGCCUCUUCAUCCUCCUCUUCUUCCUCACCACACCUGCCAUCGUCGUCAACACCAUAGACAUGUUCAACGUGACGCGGCCAGUGGAGAGCCUCAAGAAUCCCGUCCUCACCCAGUUCUUCCCCACGCUGCUGCUCUGGGCCUUCUCGGUGUUCCUGCCCUUCGUCGUGUACUAUUCCGCCUUCUUUGAGUCACACUGGACCAGGUCGAAUGAAAAUCAGGUCACGAUGCACAAGUGUUACUUCUUUCUGGUGUUCAUGGUGAUCAUCCUGCCCUCGCUGGGGCUGACCAGUUUAGAUCUUUUCUUCCACUGGCUCUUUGACAUUCACUUCUUGGAUGAGGCAAAUAUCAAGUUCCAGUGCGUUUUCCUCCCUGAUAACGGCGCUUUUUUUGUCAACUACGUCAUCACGUCCAGCCUGAUUGGGACAGCCAUGGAGCUGCUGCGCAUCCCCAGCCUCAUCGUCUACGCAACCCGCCUCUGCUUCGCCAAGUCUGAGCCAGAGCGGCUCCACAUCAAACGGAGCCAAGCCUAUGAGUUCCAGUUCGGGCUGGAGUACGCCUGGACCUGCUGCAUCUUUGCUGUCGUCAUGACCUACAGCAUCACCUGCCCCAUCAUCGUCCCCUUUGGUUUGCUCUACAUGCUGCUGAAGCACAUGGUCGAUCGCUACAACAUUUACUACGUGUACAUCCCCACCAAGCUGAACCAGCGCAUCCACUCGGCGGCCGUCAGCCAGGUGGUGGUGGCGCCCAUCCUCUGCAUGUUUUGGCUGCUCUUCUUCUCUGUCCUGCGUCUAGGUCCCAUCCGUCCCAUCACCCUCUUUACCUUCGUGGUUCUUCUAUCCUGCAUCCUCUUCUCUUUCUUUGGCCUGUGUCUGAAGAAGCUGCAGCCAAGGAAGCCCUCCAGCUACCAGAUGUCCGAGCAGUCAGAAGGGGCCUUCAACGACACGGAAAGAAGCAGCAUCUCCUCAACCCCUAACUCAAAUAUGUUCGUGGCCACGGUGCUGCAGGAGCCGGAGCUGAGCCUGACGCCAGCUGCCUCCCCAGCUCAUCAGUCCUACGGCACAAUGGGUAACCGGCUGGAGCCGGUGGAGAACAGCGAGGAGGGCGGCCUGCAGAGCUUUGAGACGGAGCUGGAGACUGUGGAGGGUGAAUUCAGAACCGGGCCCGUGCUGGAGGACCAGGUCCAUUACCACUGAGCAGCCGCCCGCAGCGGCAACACCAGCUGGACAGAAACACCGACAUCAAGUAUUGAGAACGCGGGGGGAACUCCAUCUUGUAGGCCCCAAGCUUCCUGAGCUGCCAUGGCGUCCCUGCCGCCAGCUCUCAGGCCCUGGCGAGAGUCCAGUGCCGCUAACUGGCCCAGAUCCAACACUGCUGAAGAGCAGCGGCUUUUCUGGCCUGCGAGAGCCCAAGCCCCAGUGCUGGGGUGGUGGCCUCCUGCUCAUGCACACAGAUAUUACUGGGGUCUAGGCUGCAGUGGUGGAGACAGAGCUGAACAGAGGGAGAGACCCCCAGGAGGCCUCCUGCUUCCAUCCUGUGCUCCAGCUCUGAGCAGCUGGAGCCGAUUGCUUAGUGCAUCUCAUGCUCAGUAGCCUGCCUGCCAUCUCCUGGCUUUCCCUUCUCCUGGAAUCAGGAUCAAUCGCCACAGACCUCAGGCACCCCUCUUUGCUUUCCCCACCUUUCCCUCUGGUUCAGCGUCUCUUUGGGAAGAAGGGGUGCAGUAGCGUGGGUGGCCCCCAGACAUUGGGGCUGAGGGGGCACAGACCCAUUGUGCCAGGGCAGACGUAGCUGUGAAUCUUUUUUAUCAACAUAUUUUGGGAGAUUGAGGGGUGGGCAUGGGCUUGUUCUCCUGCUGCCAAGGGAAAAAGCCGAGAGAGCACCGAUGAAUGUGUCCAAUGCAGAUGCAAAGGCCUGCAGCUCCUUGGCUGCCACAGGCACCAGCCAGACUCAAGUGCGAUGCCAAACUCCUAGCUUUGUGGUGCACUCACUCGCUGUCCCAAGGAGCAGAGCAGGGCAGGGCAGUUGCCCUUCAGCUAGGCCCCAGUGCCAGGCCUGGGUGGCGUCUGUUCCUCCUCCUACGUCUGCUUGCGGCUGUGUGUGUGACUGCUGAACGCUGUCUUUGUCUUUAGGGCUCCUUGCCUUGGUUCAGCGGCCGAUGUGGGGCCCGUCACCUGGCUCCCCCAGCACAGGGUAAGGGAGAAAGAGAGAGGGUAGGCGCCAGGGGGAGAGUGCUGAGGCCAGGAUGGAAUAACAAGCAGCAAAAGGAGAGUUGUGUGCCCUGAAGCAUUAACUCUGUACAGCGGCAUGUUCCAGACUGCCGGCUCUUUGGGCAUGACCCCGGAGAUGCAUGUACGCUCCAAGGGCUUAAUUAAAGAGGCAGCUGGGAGUUGUGGGGGGGGGGGGCUCUAUUCAUGCAGGGGCUUAUGCAUGUGAUUGAACAAGCUCCUUUGGGGAACCCUUCUGAGCAAUCUCUGGGCUGGAAAAACAUCUGCCCCCACCACCUGGACUUGAGAACACAUGGAGCAGCCUCACACUGGAAAUUCCCAAGAUGGCUAACGAACGCUUGCUGUCACUUCGCUGCUGGCUGGUCACCCUCCCCAGCAUCUGCUGCUGCUGAAUGACCGGCACUGGGCAAAGAGCUAGGGAAAGGAAAGUCAGUGCCAGCCUAGUGACACUGGUAGUAAAGGACUUUUAUACUGCCCAGUCUCAGCACCGGUCUCAUGGGCUGCUGCACCUGUUUAACAGGUACCGAGCAACACUGCCCCAGUGCUAAUGCCGGCAUCCAAAGUAUGGUUCUGUCCAAUUGCCGCAGCAACUGCACGUGGUGCUUAUAAUCCAGGGUCAGUGACUGCUUAUGCCCCCUCACCUCCACCCCAGGCUCAUGCUGUUGCCCAGGGAGGUACAAUGGGGGGGGGCUCAUAAGG